ACGUGUAAGAAAGUACACAAAUCAUCCCAAAUCUGGUAUAAAUCCUUUUGAUUAUUCUAAAAUCGAAGCUAAUCAACCUUCAGAAUCUUCUGAAUUUACUACUGAAGAAGAUGAAGUUACAAGUAAAUCCGAUGAUAAUAAAUCUGAUGAUAAUAGUAAUUUUGAAACAUUUGAGAAUUAUGCAUCAUCAGAUUAUAAGCCAUUUCGAAAUCCAUCAAGUACAGAAUCAAUUAAUGAUGACUGA